UGGGGUGUGGCCAGGCUUCUUUUUCAGACUCUCUCUAUAUAUAUAGAGUUAAAAUUCUUGCUUGUUUGAGUUCAGAGUGAGCAACAUUUGAUCAUCAUCAAUCAUCAUCAUCAUCUUCUUCUUCAUCAUGGGAAAAGGAAGAGCACCAUGUUGUGAUAAGAGCCAAGUUAAGAGAGGUCCUUGGAGCCCUGCAGAGGACUUGAGGCUCAUCACUUUUAUUCAGAAACAUGGCCAUGAUAACUGGAGGGCUCUCCCUAUACAAGCUGGGCUGUUGCGCUGUGGUAAAAGUUGCAGACUGAGAUGGAUUAAUUACCUGAGGCCUGAUGUGAAAAGAGGGAACUUCUCUGCAGAGGAAGAGGAGACUAUAAUGAAACUGCAUCAGACUCUGGGGAACAAGUGGUCAAAAAUUGCAUCUUAUUUGCCGGGAAGAACAGAUAAUGAGAUUAAGAAUGUGUGGAACACUCAUUUGAAGAAAAAAUUGUCUUUGAAAGAUGCUAAUACGGAUCAGGAAUCCAAGGAAUCCUCACUGACCUCAUGUUCAUCUUCUUCGUCUACCUCAUUUAAGUCCCCUGGCAAAAGGGGUAACGCAGAAAAUGACCUUAAUACAUACCAGUGGGAUGAGGGUCAUGCCCCCAAAAGGCCUCGCGAAACAGAAGAUGACAAAACUGAAGACUUAACACAGAACAACUCCACCGAGGAGGUGCAAACAGAAGUACCAACUUCUUCUUGCUCUUCCCAUAACUCCAGCGCGAGGCCAAGUGACAUGACAGAUUCAUUACUCUUCGAGUUCGGCGAAGUGUAUGAGUUUAAUAUGAACACAUUAGAAGAGGUGAAUAAACCCGACAUAGCAAACAAUGUGAUUGAAAUUCCAUUGGAGUCAGAUUUAGAAUUUUGGGACAUGUUAGAUAGCUUAGACUCAUUCCAAUCUAAUGAAGAAGCUCAAUUAGUACAUGAAGUGGAUGCAAGCCAAACGUCAAGCCCCUGCGAUGGACAUAACAACAACAACAACAACAACAACAACAAUAAUGAAGUCGAUAGCAGGGAAUGGUUUCGGUACUUAGAAUCUGAGCUUGGCUUGGAGACUGAUGAAGAUCAAAAUCAAGAAAAUUCAGCCAAGAAUGAAGCUGAAACUCAGCCACUAAUCUCAGAAACUUAUGAGAUACUGCUGAAACCAGAUUUUGACCCUGGAUGGCUUUCAUCACCACACAAUUCAGUAUUCUGAAUAAAAGUUUUACAGUGUUUCAAGUCAGUAGUUCUUAGAUAUAAUCAGCCUGUCAAAAUUGACUACUUUUCAUAUAUACAUCAGAAAGUGGUUUUUUCUUGUUUCUUUUCUAACUAAAUACAUGAUUAGGCCUAUACAUUCAUCUUAUAUGUA